UAAAAGGCCAAUAAUAAACGUACAUGUUCAAUCAAACAAGUUUACACGUUGGUAUUCCUCGCAAUUAGACGAUGUUCAUACGUACGGUUUGGGUUUUGUGCACGAUCCUAGUGUCUCAAAUGAUUACUGCUGAUCUUUCCAGAGAUAGCCUCAAAACUAGAACAUUGGAAAUUGAUUUAUCAGACCAGGAAACAUGCAAAGCUGUGACGAGCGACUUACCAAGAGUAGUUGUCAUGUUGGCGAGUGGACUAGAGGUGAUGUGCGACACCGAAACAGAGGGGGGAGGCUGGACGAUGAUCCAGAGAAGAUUUGACGGACACUUGGAUUUCUAUCGGGGGUGGGAGGAGUACAAGUUCGGGUUUGGAGAUUUGGAUAAAGGUGAGUUCUACCUGGGCAACGAGAAAAUCCAUUCAAUGACAGCUUCAGGACCACAUGAACUGAGGAUCGAUUUCACAUUUAAAGGCAAAAACUACUACGCGAAAUAUGCCAGGAUUCAGGUGUGUUCAGAGAUUGAAGGGUAUAGGCUGAAGGUCAGCGGUUACUCAGGCAAUGCUGGGGAUGCUCUCACUGAACGACACAACAAUCAAAAGUUUAGCACAUUCGACAGAGACACACAAUUUAAUUGCACCAAGCGUUUUCACGGAGGCUGGUGGUACAAGGACUGUCAUUAUGCCAAUCUGAACGGACUUUGGGGAAGUGACGUGCUCGGCAAGGGUCUCAAUUGGUGUCCUAUUACAGGUUUUCACAACUCAGCUACGUUCACGGAAAUGAAAAUAAGGCAGAUUUAAACAAGUAAUGCAUGUAAUUUUGACAUCAAGGAAUAAACGAAUU